GUUCGGCUGAGAGUUACCUGAAUGAAUGCCUGUCGUCCUGUACCACAGUGUACGGACCAGACCAUAAAAAAACUUUGGAAGUUCAAGAUGAACUGGCUCGGUUGCUUAUACGAACUGAAAGGGAAACAGAUGCUUUAGAAAUGCUACGAUCUUCUUUACCACUGAAGAAUGAAGUUUACGGAGAAUAUUCAGAAAAUGUUGCUGAUACUCAUAAACUUAUAGCUUCAGUACACCUUGCGCAGGGAAAUAUUGAAAAAGCUCUCAGAGCAUAUAAAAAGUGCCUCAACAUUGAAACACUGGUUUUGGGUAAAAAUCAUAAGAAGACAAAAGAUAGUGAAAGAACGAUUGACAUUCUCAUGGCGAGUCCAGGACUGUCCAAAAAGUUUGUUUUGAAUAAAGAGGAUGAGUUAAAGAAGCGACCAAGGUUCAACAAUUUUUCAAAGUCUGCAAGAUAAUGUAAGAACUUCCAGGAAUCAAUUACAGCAUCGACUAUGUAAUUUAGAACUAGUUUGAAAGAUGUACAGUGCAUGGAAUAAUUUGUUUAAAAAUUGGAAAAUAAAGGAGGUAUCUGAUGAAGCAUAUGUAACAAAGACAGUAUUUCAGAAAUAUAAUUCUAAUAUGUUUGUUUCUGUUAAAACACGCUUGUACUAAAAUGACGUCAUGUUAACGUGGGACAGCGUCAGUGUUUUUGUUGCAACCAAGAAAGAGAGCUACUAUAUGUACUGUUUUAUAUUAAGGGAACAUUAGUAUCAGAAUAAUACCCCCUUUAGAAAUUAUUACAUGGACGUAUAACCUCUUUCCGUGUAUUAUUUAUGUUAAAACACGUUUUUUCUAUACACCAUUUCUUAACUUAUACCAGUAAUGAAACAAAUUAUAGGAUAGAUAAUUGGUAUGUACUAAUUUUGGUAUUAGUACCUAGUAGCUGACACUUUUGCAAAUUUAUCAUUGUGUAUUAAACUUAAAAAUGACAGGUAUUGGCAAAUAUACUGUCAGUCUGUUAUUUGUCAAGAGGAGAGAUGGCAGUCCCACUGAAAAACUAAAAAAAUCUUGUUAAAUGCACCUAAAUAUUUAAUGGCACCUGUUGCGUUUCCAGGUGGGCAUCAUUUUUAACGAUACUGAAUAUAAAAAUACAGCAAGAAACAAUUUUGUGAACUUUUUUUAUUAGACCUGAGCAAUACUUGAAGAAAUUAUUUACAUUCUUAUGGUUGUUAUCAUUUAGCAUUGGUAAUAGUGUAGUGAUGUAAAUUUACAGAUAGUAUAUUUAUGUAUGUAAAUGGUUGUAGAAUUCACAUAAAGCAGUUCAUGUUUAUGGUACAAAUUGUUUUGUAGGUGAAUUCUUGUUCAGGAACAGUUAUGACAUGAACUUCAUUCUUUUUGUUAUGUAAAUAUAUACUUUUUUGUAUUUGUACAGUCAAAUGUACUGUAAAAUAAGAAAAUUUAAUUUUGCAACAAGUACAUUUUGUAGAGAAAUAAAGUAAUUAUGCUGAAA